UGGACACGUGGCCAAGUCCGGUAGGCUGUCACUUCUGCCAUGUAUGCACCCAUGCCCCCACUUGCUGCCGCCAUGACCCAGCAUUAAAUGCGGCUUCCACUUGCUGAUUGCUCGUUCGGGCAGGGUGUUCGGUGUGUGGGACCCCGUCAUAGGUGCUAUCCUGCUUAUGGACAUAUCCCGAACGCCGAUCGGUAUCUGAGCACUGGCACCUUGAUGUAAGUGAUCCCUGGAAUGUUCCAAGUAUAAGCUUUAUCCCGAAUGCUGUCCGGGAAUUUCUUUGGACUGUCUUGGGCCCGCUUCUUUUUCUUGGAUUUGGGCUUAGGGAUAUUGGGCCUGGACCUAAUAUCCCAACAUUAGUCCCCCACUUCCUUUGUCUCGAACGGUAGUGAGUGCAUAAGGAAGUAGAAGAUUUCUGCCCGAAUGCCGUUCGGGCGAGUAUCGGAUGGUAUUCCGCCGGUUCCCGAGGCAUAUUUUGACGGUUUUUUGCAACUGCCGUUUUACUUCCCCGAUAAACGUCAUGAUUUCUUGAGGAGGGUUAUCCGCGUGACACGUGUAUCCGUCAUCAUUACAAAAAACGUGUCCUCUUCUGAUUGGCUGCUGAAUCGGCGUGACAGAGUAUAAAUAGGCUCUUCUGGUUUUGAUUCUGGGUUUCGAAACUUUGCAUCUCCGGCUUAUAAUUCAUCCUUCUCUCUAGAGCUUCAUCCGCAGCUUCUGUUCAGGUAUCCCUCGAGUUCUCUUCUACUGUUUAGUUCCCUCGUUCAGUGAGAAUGGCACCCCUUCGUUCAUCUGAACCCUCUACCUCCGGUACUGUAAUUCCAGAAGGAAACCCCAGCGAUAUGCUGCAAGUUGUCCCAAUUCCGGCGGAGGUUAACGGCAAUGAUUCCUCUUCCUCCUCCGAUGUUUACCCUGAUGGCACCAAAUCGGGGGAUGAAUUGGAAGUCAUGAAAGCCGGUCCUCCAAGCGGCGUUUCCUGUCAUAAGCUUGACCUAGCUCUUAUUAGGCUUAUGCGCCAAAAGCUCACGGCCCAGAAUCGGGCCCAAAUUCAGAUGUUAAUUCCUGAUUCGGUGGACUUCCGUCUUCAAUCGGGUCUUCACCCAAUGCGCCACUUCCCAGGGAUGGUUGUGGUCCAUUUCGACUCAAUCAAGGCUGGUCUUAGAUUCCCACUUCACUCCUUUUUUGUCUCUCUCUUAAAUUUUUACAAUGUAGUACCAGCCCAAAUAAUGCCGAAUUCCUACCGGUCGAUAGCUGGUUUCAUUUGUCGUUGCCACAGUGUCAAGGUCACACCCACCCUAGAACUUUUCCACUAUUUCUUUUCAGUUAUCCCCCAGCAGUCCCACGGCUUUCUGGUGGUAAGCUCCCGACCAGGACACAUUUUGUUCUGUGAUGCCCCUUCUUCCAUCAAAGGUUGGAAAGAUAGGUUCUUCUUUGUCUCUGUCCCGAACGGUUUGAUUCCUAGGAAGUGGAACGCAUUCCCUCCUAAAUCCCCCGAGCCAUUCAUCUCCGAAGAGCUUAGCAGAGAUGUCAUUGCUGUGGAGGCAGGAGGCUGCUUCAAAAUUAUGUCUUACCUGACUCCCGAACGGCUAAUUAAGGCCGGGAUAGGUACUGCCCGUAUUCCUGGACUUACUUGACUGAAAACCAAGUACCAUGGCCCGGGCGGUCCUUCCCGUGUGAUAUAAUUUUUUAAUCCACGUGUGAACCGCUCGGUACUAAUUUGUUCCUUUUGUCUUUUCAGCUCCAAAGCAAGGCGAAUCUUCAGAUUCCGAAGGAGCCAAUCCCGAACAACCGGCCAUGGAUGAUAGUAGGCUAUUCACUGCUGGACUUGAUGACGAGCCACCAACUUCUCCUCCCAAGCAGCAGAGGAAGACAAAAAGAAAGAGGUUGAGGAAGGCCGAUCAGGGCGCCUCCUCUCAAUCCGCCCCUCCCGUCCCCGAGCAGUCUGAACCUGUUCGGGAUGUAGAACCUGUGCAGCAGGUUGCCCCUGAGCAGCACACUCACGCUGACACGCUGAUGGAUCAGCUUUUUUCUGACCAACAGUCCCACCAUUUCUCUGCUGAGGAGGUGCCUGCCCAUCAGGCUGACCUGGCUAGUCAGUUCGAGCGGAUCUCCCUCUAUGAUCCUGCUCAUGAAAUGCUGGAGAGGGGUGGCUGUCCAGCGAGCCAGAUCUGGUCCACCUCUGGUUUCCUCAAUGGACACAACCUUCCCCCAAUACCGGUGGAGGAGAUCGAGGAGUGCAUUGCCCUGACUGUCCUGAAGGCAGGGAUAUACAGCCUGAAGCUCAAGGAGACCAGGCAGGCCAAGGAACAAGGCUUGCUGAUGGCCAAGGAAACGGCCGAACAGGCAGCAGAGGCCGAACGGCGGGCUUUUGCUGAGGAGCGGAAGAAGCUAGAAGCCGAGGCAGGGGAGCUCCGUGUUAAAGUGGGCGCUCUCCAAGCCAAGAUUGCAGCAGCUGAGGCCGCUCAGAUCAAAUUCUCUGAGGCUCCUCCUCAGAUCCCGGACGGACCGGCCGAAAUGACAGUUGAUCUUUCCGCCGUUCGGGAUUCCUUCAAGGCUUCAGAGGAGUUUCUGGCUCUGAAGGAGAAGUAUGCCACCGAACAGCUCCCCGCUGUCUUCGGGAGGCACUUGGAGAAAGUGGCCGGAGAGGAGCGCCAGAAGGAGGGGAUCAGGGUGCUUGAUCAGCAUCCUGUCACCAAGGAGUGGGCUGAUAUCCUUGCCCGGGGGAUCUACAGUUCAGGCUGCCAACAUAUGCUCCAGCCUCUCCUCCCCCUCCUAGAAAAGUAUAUGGGCCGAUCAGUGCAAUCCUCCGACUUUCCCUCUGACCUCCAUCCGGGUCAUCUGAACGCCCUGAUGGCACAGAUGAAAAAGUGCCGGCGAGCUCUGAGGAUGGAGGUCGUGCAGAUUGCAGAUGAGGCUGAUGAAGACGAUGAUGAAGACGAUGAAGAUCAUCCCGAACAAUAGAUUAGACAUUAUCUGUAUUUCCUUUCCUUUGAAUCAGUAGUUUUUGUACUUUCCGGCCAGUAGAGCCGAUGAAUAUACAACUUUCGCUUGCUCAUUUCGUCUUUGUGACUUUUACUGUACUUUAUAUUUGUUUUUCACCUAUCAAUUCGCCUCCGCAAUACGUUUCAUGUUGCUUUGUUCGGGUGAUCUCCAUAAUCUGAAACGAUCAGGUCACCUGUUCGGGUGAACUCCUUGUUAAAUCCAGAAUUCGGGACUUGAUAAUCUUGUUAACGCAUGUUGUUCAUAAUGAACCCGUCCAGUCUGUACUUAUGAUCUUAAUAUAAGACCCUAGUGCCCUUUUCAUUCGUUCGUAAGCUUUCAUUCGUACCAUACUGUUCGGGUACGCCCAUCAUUUUUACCACCGUUAUAAAUUUCCUUCCUGUUCGGGGAAACGCUUGUAGCCCUUUUCUUUUAUCCCGUUCGGGGAGACGCUUUUAGAGGUUCGUGAACUUUGCUGAUUUCGACCCCGUUCGGGUGUUCACCCACCCCAAAGGAUGCUUUAACUUCUCUCAACCGUCUUGACACGUGUCUAUUAUUCAUUCGAAUUCCUGGCGGUAGCAUUUCCUUAUAUAAGGAUGCAGCUACUUUGUUUCAGUUUUUUCUGCUGCUUCUGAAUUCCUUUAAGCUUUCUCUCUCUAGAAUUUUCUUCGUUAUUCUAUGUCUGCCUUUUCUGGUUCGUCAGACUCCGAAGAGAUGGCACCCACUUUGAUUCGCCUUUCAAGGGGAAAAGCUCACCCCAAAGAUCAAGGUACAUCUACCCGAUCGUCGGGUUCUAACGGGUCUUCUGCCUCACUUCAUCCCGAACAGCCCCUCCCUGAUGAUGGAUGUCAGUCGGGAGAUGACCUAGCCAUCUAUAAUAAGGGCAUGCCUGAACGCCCCCCCCCCCCCCCCCCCCCCCCCCCGUUAUAGUCUGAACUUUCAUUGCAUCAGGAAGCAACGUCAACGCCUUCCUGCUGAUGCAGAACAGACGCUCCGCCAAUUACUACCUCCACCCCGUCAGUUCAAUGCGGGGUUCAUCAAACAUCCCAUGCGACACCGUCCGGGAUGUGUGUUGGUGCACAUGGAUGCCUUGGUUGCUGGUUUGCGGUUCCCUUUGCACCCGUUCGUUGUGGAGUUCCUCCGCCGGGUAUCAGUAUUGCCGGCACAGUUCGUGCCUAGCACCUACAGGAUCCUGAAUGGGUUCAUUGUCUGGUGCCACGACCUGGGAAUUGCCCCCAACGUGGACCUCUUUUUGCACUGUUAUGGCGUCCAGCCUUACUGGACCACUGGGUAUUUGCGGCUUGUGGCCCGUCCUGGCCGUUCGCUUUUCACCGACAACCCCACCCCUCCGGAAAAAUGGGAGGAAAGAUUUGUGUUUGUAUUCGUGGGGUCGCCGCUUCCCUUCCCUGAUCGGUGGAACACCUACCCCGUUCAGGACGCCUCCCCAAGGGUGGAUGCAGCUAUUCUCUGUCAGUAUGAAAGACUUCGUCUGGCCGGUUCCAAGAACUUACGGUCCUUCUUGACUCCCGCUAAGAUGCUAGCUGCUGGCAUUGGUAUGAUUCUUCCAUUACUUAGUUCGUUCGGUAUAUUCUUCAAUCUCCUGUUCAUUUUUCUUCGUUCUUUCCUGUAGGUGUGAUUCCCCCCGUUUCCAUAAAGCGUCCUGCUCCUACUCCUUCCUCCACCGCCAUAGUCAGCAAGGGAAAGGAGAAAGCUAGUCAUCCGGGUUCUUUUGCUGGCCGGGAAUCUGGGCCAGUAAGCAAGCGGCCGAGAAUUGAAAGCGGCGGCGCCUUGGUCCCGAUCGAUCAGGUCAUUGAUCUGACGGAUCCUUCUGUGGAAAGGAUGCCUACGGUCCCCCCCCCCCCCCCCCCCCUUCAAGGAAGCUGGGCAACAGGGGAGGUGUUGCUUCAGAUAGUCUCCCGAUCCCCGAUCAGUUGACGGUGGAGUUUUCUGCCAUGGGCCCCCGAGCUGAAUGCCGGACGCUGUUCGGGCAGACCGCAUCCUCCAUGUGGUGCAGCACUUCUUUGAAGGCUGGCGAGGGCUUCACCAAUUUGACCCAUUGGUCUGAUUUGGUCGUAUUUUACUGUCCAGGUUUUUUGCGUUUGAAGUUCUCCGGACGAAUUCGUACCUCUUAUUGUUUUAUUUUUUCUCAGGCCGGUACAUAUUAUCACCGGGCCUUCCUAGCUGUUGAACGGGAGAUGGUACAUUUGGCUCAGGAGCUUGAUGAGAGUA